GGGUAUUUAAAUUAGAAGAAAAAAUUUCAUAUGAAGUUUACAUAUUGUUUUCCUUUUAAUAAAAAUUGAUUGUUUUUAUAAAUAAAUAAAUAAAAUUAAUUUUACUUGCGUAUUAUGAUAAUCAUGAUCUUCGACUCUUUGAUUAGGCAUUGAGUCUGCCCUCCAGCUAGUUUUGAAUCUUUUGAUGUAAGAAAAUUCAAAAUUGUAGAUGUUUAUCCAUUUGCACAUGACGUCAAGAAGGCUCACAAUGUCAAGUCGUAAAGCAUCCAUCUUCCAGCCACCGCCGCCCCCCCCUCUUCCCUAGCCAUGGUCCCACUGUCCACCAUUUUCUAAGAACAAGAAGAAGAACUCAGCGGACGACGAACUGAAGAAGAAGAAGAAGGCACCGUCGCACAAAUCAUGGGCAAAGAAACUGAUUGUGCGGCCCAAGAUAGCAAGCUUGCUCCAGGAUUCAAGUUGGUUGGGUAUGCCAAUUUCGUGCGCACCAACCCCCGGUCGGACCGCUUCGCCGUCAAGCGCUUCCACCACAUAGAGUUCUGGUGCACAGAUGCCACCAACGUCGCCCGUCGCUUCUCCUGGGGCCUCGGCAUGCCCAUCGUCGCCAAGUCCGACCUCUCCACCGGCAACCAAGUCCACGCUUCCUUGCUCCUCCGCUCCGGCGACCUCUGCUUCCUUUUCUCCGCCCCUUACUCUUCCUCUACCGCCGUCGCUGAUUCCGCCACCACUGCUUCUAUACCCACCUUCGAUCACUCCGCCUGCCGUUCCUUCGCUGCCGUCCACGGCCUCGCUGUGCGCUCUAUUGCCAUCGAGGUCGAAGAUGCCGAGGCCGCAUUCUCUGCCAGCGUCGCCCACGGCGCCAAGCCGUCGUCGCCGCCGAUUUCGCUAGACGGCCGCGCCGUUCUUGCGGAAGUCCAAUUGUACGGUGAUGUAGUUUUGCGAUACAUAAGCUACAAAAGCCCUAGAAACCGCAACGAUUCGAACCCCGAUUCUUGGUUCUUGCCGGGUUUUGAGGCUAUGGGCGAUAGUGCCUCAUACCCCUUGGAUUUUGGGAUCCGGCGGCUGGACCACGCGGUUGGGAACGUUCCGGAACUAGGUCCGGCGCUGUCGUAUGUGAAGGGGUUUACGGGGUUUCAUGAUUUCGCGGAGUUCACGGCGGAGGACGUGGGGACGGCGGAGAGCGGGCUGAAUUCUGUGGUUCUGGCGAGUAACGACGAGAUGGUUUUGCUCCCGAUGAAUGAGCCGGUGUUCGGAACGAAACGGAAGAGCCAGAUCCAGACGUAUCUUGAGCACAAUGAGGGGGCAGGUGUGCAGCAUUUGGCGCUGGUGAGCGAGAAUAUAUUUAAGACGUUGAGGGAGAUGAGGCAGCGAAGCAGGAUUGGGGGGUUUGAAUUUAUGCCGCCGCCGCCGCCAACGUAUUAUAGGAAUUUGAAGGACAGGGCUGGGGACGUGUUGACGGAGGAGCAGAUUAAGGAGUGCGAGGAGUUGGGCAUUUUGGUGGAUAGGGAUGAUCAGGGCACCUUGCUGCAGAUUUUCACUAAGCCUGUGGGAGAUAGGCCGACCAUUUUUAUUGAGGUAAUUCAAAGAAUAGGGUGCAUGCUCCAGGAUGAGGAAGGGAGGACAUAUCAGAAAGCCGGAUGUGGAGGCUUUGGUAAGGGAAAUUUUUCAGAGCUCUUCAAAUCUAUUGAAGAAUAUGAGAAGACUCUCGAGGCCAAAUGCAUCGCAGAUCCUGCUGCAGCAUAGAAACAGAGUCUGUCAUUUGAUAAGAACUGUUUAUGUAAUAAUGUCACCCUUCUGUCAUGGCGGCGAACCUUUUUAGUUUUUCCUUUUCUUUUUAUUAUUAUUUUUUAUUUUACAAUAGUUUCUGGAUAUACUUUGACUUGUAUGUGUUCCAGAUUUAUGUGAAAGUUUAGUAAUUUUGUGCUGCUGGGAAAGAUAAAAAGAUUCAAGAAGUAACAGACUUUUGUGCUGCUUGGACCUCAUUGAUGUGGUAACUAAAUGAAGUUGCUUUUUUUCGUA